AUGGAAGGGCAGAUGAUUCAGAUCUAUGUUAACGUGAAUGGCAGCGACGAUCAGCUGACGAACGCCUCAUACGAUUACAACUGGACGGUGGCGAGGGAGGGCGGUGGUGCUGCAAACGCGAGCGUGGAUGCGGACGUGGACACCUAUCAGUACUACAUCAUCAGCCUCUUCCUGUCCUGCCUCUACACGGUCUUCCUCUUCCCCAUCGGCUUCAUCGGGAACAUCCUCAUCCUGGUGGUGACCCUGAACCACCGCGACAAGAUGACCAUCCCCGACCUCUACUUCGUCAACCUGGCCGUGGCGGACCUCAUACUGGUGGCCGACUCGCUCAUCGAGGUCUUCAACCUCAACGAGAAGUACUACGACAUCGCCAUCCUCUGCACCUUCAUGUCCCUUUUCCUGCAGGUGAACAUGUACAGUAGCAUCUUCUUCCUGACAUGGAUGAGCUUCGACCGCUACGUGGCGUUAGCGGGCUCGAUGAGCAGCAGCCCGUGCCUGCGCACCAUGCAGUACGCCAAGCUGAGCUGCGGCCUGAUCUGGAUGGCCUCCAUCUUGGCCACGUUGCUGCCCUUCACCAUCGUGCAGACGCAGCACACUGGCGAGGUGCACUUCUGCUUCGCCAACGUGUUUGAGAUCCAGUGGCUGGAGGUUACCAUUGGCUUUGUGGUGCCCUUCAGCGUGAUCGGCCUGUGCUACUCGCUCAUCGUGCGCAUCCUGAUGCGCUCGCAGAAGCACCGCAGCCUUUGGGCACGCCGUCAGAAGGCGCUGCGCAUGAUCGUGGUGGUGGUGCUGGUGUUCUUCAUCUGCUGGCUUCCGGAGAACGUCUUCAUCAGCAUCCAGCUGCUGCAGGGCACGGCCAACCCGGCCAAGCGCAGCGCCAUCACGCUGUGGCACGACUACCCUCUGACGGGCCACAUCGUCAACCUGGCCGCCUUCUCCAACAGUUGCCUCAACCCCAUCAUCUACAGCUUCCUCGGGGAGACCUUUCGGGACAAGCUGCGCCUCUUCAUCAAGCAGAAGGCCAACUGGUCCGUGCUGUACCGGCUCUGUCAUCUGACGCUCGACCUGCACAUACCUGUCCGGAGCGCGGAGGUGUCUGAGGUCUAGCAUGUUCUCAUUUUUUUUACGUAAACUACUCAUGAGCAAGAGUGAAAGUCCCCAUUGUCAUUGUGACA